AUGUACCGUAUUGGUGAUCAGAUGAGCAAAACCAGUCAAAGCAGAGAGAAUAGCAAUUCGAACUUGGAGGAGUGUAUGCAGAACAUUUAGAGCAACCUAAAAAUGAUGUAUGGAAAGGAUGAAGAAGAAGUUCAUCUUGGAUCUUAUAAUGUUAAUGCGGUUUCAGGAUUUCACAGUCAAUUCCUUAGUAAUAAGGAUGAUCAAUAUGAUUCUCAACGCAUGCAUUACACUUCUUAGCAAUCUAACGAUUUUAUGUUAGAGGACAAGAAUAAACAAAUUCGUUAACUCAAUAAAGAAUUAGCAGAUUUAAGGAAAGGCUAAUAGAUGACUUAGUUUGAACAAUAUGAACAUUAUUAAAAAAUAAUUGAUGGUCUAAAAAAGGAAAAUGUUCUUCUCUAAUAAAGAGUACUUAAUAACGAAGCUGUUUAAUAACUUAAUAGUGAUAGAGUUAUUGAAUAACAGGAAUAGUUGAAAGAAUACGAAAUGAAAUUGGAUUAACAACAUUAGCAAAUCUCCAGUUUAAACUUACAAUUAAAGGAUGCUAAAGAUCAAUUGAAAUUGCAAGCAACUAAAUCUCAAAUUUCUAAAUAGGAGCAAUAAUGUCAAUCAAAACAAUACACUUAAUUAUAACAAGAAUAUGAUGAACUCCAAAGAAGACACAUCAAAUAACAACAAGAAAAUGAAAAUAUGAAGGUCUUAAUCGAAUAGUUAUAAAAUGAUCUGGACAAAAGAUUAGAAACUUAGAAUGACUCCUAAGUAGUUGAAAUCAUAGAAUAAGUUCUAUAGACAAUAUCUCAAUUUGUAAGAGAAUACGAUUACGAAUUACAAAAAUCAGAAUAUCAAUACAAGUUUUCUAAUGAACUAAAAGACAUCAUCAAAGGAUUUAUUACUUAAAGAGAGUAAAUAUUGUGUAUUUAUGUAGUUUAUCAAUUUGGCAGAGUAUUGAUCGAUUGAGUAGUUUGAUAAUCUCAUUAUUUGAAUAACUCACCUUUGAUGUCAAAUAGAUUCAUUCUGAUAACACAAAGAUGAAAAAUAUGACAUUACAAAUAGAAUCCUUAGAAUAGAUGACUGUUCAAUUAGAAUAAACAAUUAGUUAAUAUGAAAUUAUAAGUAGCCAAUAGUAAAACUACCUGAAAUUGUAAUUAUUAUAUUUAUUCAACCUUUAUUAGCAAUGAUGAUCAAAAUAAACAAGAAAAAGAAGAAUUAGUUAAUGUACUUAUUAAUAGAACCUUAAAUGAUUAACAAAUGAAUUGUUAUGACAAAAUGAUUAAGAAUUUAGAAGAAGUUAAUCAAGCAUAGCAAAAUGAAAUUAAAGAUUUAAAAGACAAGUUAUCCUUUUAAAUUGAAUAAAAUUAAUUAUAUCAAAAAUAAUAUUAAGAGGAACAACAUUAAUAGAAAAUAUAUGAAAGCAAAUUUAAGAAGUAACAUUAUGAUAGUCUAUUUUUGAAGGAAAUCAUGAAUAAGUAAUAAUUAUUGAUUAAUAUCUUUAGGCUAGUCAUCUUGAUUGGCAAUGAAUCCACCUCAAAAACUAUUGAACAAAUUUAAGAGAUCUAAUAAAAAAUCAAUGAUCAAUACUGUGAUGAAAUAGAUAUCAAAAGCAAGUUGGAAAUAAAAGAACAAGAUCUUAAAAUAUAAAUUAAUGAGAAUAAAUUAAACAUGAAUGAAAUGAUAGAGAAAAGAAGAGAAAUUGAAGUUCUAAGAAAUACUUUAAGAAAUUGCCAAAAGCAAAUAGAAAUGAACAAAGAAAAAGUUGAUAUGUUAGUCAGAGACUUAGAUCAUAAUGUGAUGUAGGAGAAGAGCCAAUAGUUUUCAGUCUCCUAUUUGCCUAAAACCUUCAAAAAAGAAAAUGAAAAUUUGGCCUAGAAAUUGCAAAAAACCAUGAGAAUGUGA